GCGAGUGCGUUCGUGUCAAUUCGAAUCCGCCGCCAACCUCACGCGUUGCGACGCCUGUUUCGGCGUUGAGUUGCGGCCCAUCCGUUCCGGCCCUGGCCGGAAGGACGAAGACGGAAAACAAACUGGAGAAUGAUCAGGCCCCAAAGGCCUCCCCGACGCAACAACCUCCCUAUCAACGCCUUAUUCAAGCUUUGCACAAUGAUCCACGAGCCGUGCAGGAGGUCGCAUUGGGUCGCCGUGUAGGAUUGUACAGAUAUUGUGGUGAUAUCGGACGAGGAAAUUUUUCACGAGUGAAAUUAGCUAUCCACCAGCUUACAAGAGAUAAAGUAGCUAUAAAAGUCGUAGAUCGAGGAAGAUUAGAUUCCAAAGCAUCGCGAAUGCUUUCUAGAGAAGUUAGUACUUUAGAAAGUGUUCAUCAUCCGCAUAUACUUAGGCUUUUUGAAGUAAUAGAAACAUUAGGCCGUGUUCAUUUAGUUACUGAAUGGGUAGCUGGAGGUGAAUUGUACGAUAAGAUCAGUACAUGCGGGGCUCUCAAAGAAAAGCAAGCAGCAAACUUAUUUAAACAAAUUGUUUUAGCUGUUAAACAUAUGCAUGGACUCGGUUUUGUACAUAGAGAUAUAAAAGCUGAAAAUGUAUUGUUACUAUCGGAAACACGGAUCAAAUUAGCCGACUUUGGAUUCAGUACACACCUCAUAAAUGGACCCAUGCAACAACUGGAUACGUUUUGCGGGUCACCACCAUAUGCGGCCCCCGAACUUUUCAUCGAUGCACACUACAUAGGCGGACCAGUUGAUGUAUGGGCUUUGGGAGUUCUUUUAUAUUUCAUGGUUGCCGGCUAUAUGCCGUUCAGGGCGCCUACUGUUCCUGGUCUGAGAGCAAGCGUGUUGAAUGGCAAUUAUACUAUGCCAACUCAUCUCACCUUUUUAUGUUCUCGAUUGAUAGAACGCAUCUUAAUUCAUCAGCCGGACCGUCGUCCGUCGUUAAAUGAUAUUUUGACUAGCGAUUGGUUUUCCAGUAGUGCAGCCGCACCCGAUAAAAUAGACGAUGUGCCAAAACCAAAAAGUACUUUUCUCUCUAUAUUUAGUGGCAACAAGCAAAAAGAUACGUCUGAAAACAAAAGUGCUAAUAUAUACGUUAAAAAUAACACUAAAAACAGAAAUGGACACAGAAUGUCGCAAUUUUGUGAAAGAACUGGACACGAUCCGAAGCUUUGUACUACUAAACGCAAUAACAGUGUUCUUGAUCCGAAUUUUUUAAAUGCUUGCGGUGGUGCCAUCGAUGCUAAAGAAGCAUCCAUCCCGGUUUCUACUCGGCAAAUAACAAAGAAGUUAUUUCAAAGUGCAAACCUUAAAAAGAAAAUAGCGCCGAUGAAUGAUAAGCAAGCGGAUUCGUUACGAAAUAGCAUAGAGGUUUUGGAUGUUCAAUCUACGAAUAGUUUAACAAAGGAAUUUAGCAUUGAUAGCAAAUUGUCAGAGGAGUCUAACAUGUAUCCUGAAGAACAAGGUAAUUUUGUGAUGCUACCCACAAAUACCUUAAAUCUAGAAGAAGGGCUCAAUAAAUUUGAAGUUCAAGCAAGAAAGAAAUUAGAAGAAUUAGGUAUAACAGAGCAAAUGAUUUGUGAUGCAAUUGAAGCCGGACCGAGAAGUGAUAUAAUUGGUGCUUAUCGUGUUAUAGUACAUAGACUUCAAAAAGAAGAAAGCAAAGAUCUUACAGGUGAACCAAAUGCUUCUUUAUUAGUACCAAGAAGACCUAGAAAAAUAUCAAAAGCUUGUAUUCUUCUUUGACAAGAGCAAUUUUCAA